AAAAAUAUUUGGACUUUGUGCUGCAAGCAAUUGUUUUCGUACAACAAUCAUGUUGAUAUUCAAUUUUCUAAAAAAAUUUUUUGGAUGGGUAGAUGAAGCACCUCGAAAACGUAGAGCAGUUUCAUUUAGUUUAGAAAAAGAAUUUGUUACUCCAAAAAAACAUAGAUCAGAUUAUAAAACUAUUAAUGUGGAGGAAGAACCCAUUGAAAUCAAAGAUGACAGUGAUGAUGAUGUUCAAGUUAUUAUCAAACAUAAAUAUUCUCCUAUUAAAUCUUCUAGUAGAUUAAAUGGUAAAUGUAGUAAUAGAGAUAAAUCACUUACAUGCUGUUCGUCAUCCUUUUCUCCAUUAAAAUCGCAAGCAUAUUAUGAUACACUAAAUAUGGGAUAUUCUGAUACUAAAAGAGAAAAAGUACAAAAUGUUGGACAUCAACAAUGUUCAACAUUGACUAAAACCCAUCAUUUAAAAGAAAUAAAUCAGUAUGAAGAAUUAUUACAAAAUUUUCUUCCACGUAAAAUACAUGCUACAUAUGAUAAACAUGAAGAUAAAAGAUCUACACAGAAACCAAUAGAAGUAAUAGAUUUAGAAAAAUCUAAAUCUUUGACUCCUUUGCCGAGAACACAGUUAACUUUUAGAAAACGUGAUUCAACGUUACAAAUGCAUAGGAAUACUCCAAUUAAAGAAAAAAAAGAUAAAGAAAUAAUUACUUUAAAUAAUGAUAAAAAAGAAGAGACAAUACAUUCCCUUCAUGAUAAAACACCAUCUCAGAAAAAGAAUGUUGCUGUGGAAAAAUUUAUACAAAAUAAACAUAUGGAAUGUAUAAGUACAAACACAUUAAGGGAUCGAUUAGCAGCAAAAGCUGUAAUGAGAGAGGAUUUUGUUCCUCAAGUAGCAAAACGUUAUAAUGAACGUAUUGAACAACGUUACAAGGAAGCAGAAGAACUUAAAAAGAUGACAUGUGUAUUAUCCAAACAUAAUCGUUUAGCUAGAGAAGCUGCUUUAGAAGAACAUUUAGCACGGUCUAUGAGAUUAUGUGAAGCUGUUUUAGAAGAAAGAGAAGAAUUAGAAGAGCCAGAAUUACCUAUCUUAACAGAGGAAAUGGUACAAGAAAUAAAGAAUGCUCUUACUCCUCGACCACCAGAUGAAGUUCUAGUUGAAGGAUUUGGUUUAAGAAUCACAAGAAAAGAUAUUCAUACAUUAGCUGAUUUAAAUUGGUUGAAUGAUGAGGUCAUAAAUUUUUAUAUGAAUUUACUAAUAGCCAGAAGUGCUAAUGAUAAAUAUCCAAAAAUACAUGCUAUGAAUACAUUUUUCUAUCCAAAAUUAAUCUCAGGUGGACAUUCAUCUUUAAAGAGGUGGACAAGAAAAAUUGAUAUUUUUGCACAAGAUCUUAUAGUUGUUCCUAUACAUUUAGGUAUUCAUUGGUGUAUGUCAGUAAUUGACUUUAGAGAUAAAUCUAUUCGUUAUUAUGAUAGUAUGGGUGGCAACAAUUUAAAAUGUUUAUCAGCACUUCGACAAUACCUAGAAGAUGAAAGCUUGGAUAAAAAGAGACAAACUUAUGAUACUAGUAACUGGAAGUUUGAAUGUGCCAAAAAUAUUCCACAACAAAUGAAUGGGAGUGAUUGUGGUGUUUUCUCUUGUAUGUUUGCUGAAUAUAUUUGUGCAAAUAAAAAAAUUACAUUUACACAGCAGGACAUGCCAUAUUUUCGACAUAAGAUGGUUUAUGAAAUAUUAAAGUCCAAGCUUUUAUAA